UCACCCUCUACCGGUUGAAAACCCAACCACGAGUUGUCUUCAUGUGGGAGAAUCCAUCUUGAAGAGGGCUCUCCGGUUGUGUGACCAGUAUUUUAGUGCAGAAAAAACACAAAAUGUCUGAGGCAGAGCAACAGUACAUGGAGACGUCGGAAAACGGCCACGAAGUCGACGAGGACUUCAACGGAGCCGGUCAGCUCGAUGACGGCAGCGCCGAAAUCGACUGCGGGGAAGGAGCCGGGGACGACUCGCAAAACGGCGGCACCGAUGGCGGCCAGAUCGACGCGAGCAAGGGCGAAGACGAUGCCGGGAAAAUGUUUGUCGGCGGCCUCAGCUGGGACACGAGCAAGAAGGAUCUCAAGGACUACUUCUCCAAGUUCGGCGAGGUGACAGACUGCACCAUCAAGAUGGACCAGCAGACGGGCCGGUCAAGAGGUUUCGGCUUCAUUCUCUUUAAAGAUUCGGCCAGCGUGGACAAGGUUCUUGAACAGAAGGAGCACAGGUUAGAUGGCCGACAGAUUGACCCUAAAAAGGCCAUGGCCAUGAAAAAAGAGCCAGUGAAGAAAAUCUUUGUGGGAGGCCUUAACCCUGAUACCACUAAGGAAGUGAUUCAGGAAUACUUUGAAGCCUAUGGAGAGAUUGAGACAAUUGAGCUUCCACAGGAUCCAAAGACUGAGAAAAGGAGAGGAUUUGUAUUUAUCACAUAUAAAGAAGAAUCUGCUCUCAAGAAGGCUAUGGAAAAGAAAUACCACACUGUUGGUGAGAGCAAGUGUGAGCUCAAAAUCGCCCAACCCAAAGAGGUCUACAUGCAGCAGCAGUACGGUGCCCGUGGAUACGGAGGACGUGGCAGGGGGCGUGGAGGCCAGGGCCARAACUGGAAUCAAGGCUACAACAACUACUGGAACCAGGGAUACAACCAGGGCUAUGGUUAUGGACAGCAAGGCUAUGGAUAUGGUGGCUAUGGCAACUAUGACUACUCUGCUGGUUAUUACGGCUAUGGGGGUGGCUACGAUUACAACCAGGGCAAUACAAGCUAUGGGAAAACUCCAAGACGUGGGGGCCACCAGAGUAGCUACAAGCCAUACUGAUCACACGUAGUGCAGGUCUAAAGUAAAUAAGAAAAAGAGAUCCAUGAUCUGACCACAGCGAACAUGGACUCUGGGCUUUUCCUUUGGAGUUGGCAGAAAUUUGGACUCAUGCUCCAUUUGUACAGAUCAAGUGAGGAACUGGGGAAGCAAUUGUCACUUUUCCACAUUUUUAUUUUAUAUUGUUUUGUGUCCAUGUACAUUUCCAGCGAUGGAAGUGUUAUUUUUACUGUACUUUUUGGUACCUUUUUUGAAUCUAAUGUAUUGUAUGGUUGUAUUUUUACAUGUCUACUGGAUUGACAGUCGAGCAGGAGCAAGAGCUUGUAAAGCUCUGAAAUAAAAUGAUAUUGCUUUUUUUUGUGUGUGUUCCUAGAUUUUUUGUUUUCUCACAUGCUGAGUGUCGGACGUUACAUGGCUUCAGCUGUGGGAGUGAGGUUUUUUUUUUUUAAAAAGGGAUUUAACCAAAUCUAAGAAUUCUUUGUAUGUUAAGAGUGCUGCAGAAGACCAUGUAGAUGAAGACAACCAGUAUAUUUUUCUUUUCUUACUUUUUUCUUUGUGUUUUUUUUUUUUCUUUUUGGCUUUUAACGAGGUUCUUUCCCCAACAUGUCAGCAAUUUUUAAGUGGCUUUACUAGUGUUAUUGAACUGAACGCAAGCCUGUUAAUGUAAGAGGGUAUUCCCUCUGUCACUGAAAACUCAUUCCUCUAGUGUCUUGGGCAAAAUUGGUAAAGAAAAAAUUAAUAAAACUUUGGUUUAUUA